UCGCGUCUCUUCUGCCCCACCACAAAUCCGGAAGUAUGCAGAACGUAUCGCGCAGGACACAGUGAUGCCAGGUUUAGAGGGAAGCAUUUGGUACGAAACAAGUUCAUCCGCGCACAGCCUAAUGUCCGAUGGAGUCGCCGCCGAGCAAGUGAAAAAAUUUUUUUUCACGUCUCGACGAUCACACGAGCCCGGACAACACGACGAGUCGCUUGAGAUUUACAUACCAGAGUUGCUUCAAGCCAGUUACAGCUAUUACACGUGGCCCUCAGCACCAGUGCUAGCCUGGUACCUCUGGGAGCACCGAGAGGAGCUCCUAAGCAAACGAGUACUGGAGUUGGGCUCGGGCACAGCCCUCCCAGGGAUUGUAGCCAGCAAGUGUGGUGCUCACGUGAUUCUCAGUGACUCUGCAAGCUUCCCAAAGAGCCUUCAACACAUUAAAAGAAGCUGCGAGCUCAACGGUGUGCUCUCCCAAGUGAAAGUAAUAGGCAUAACCUGGGGUUUAUUUCUCUCCAGUCUCUUUUCCAUCGGACCUCUGGACCUAAUUCUCGGCUCAGAUUGCUUCUACGAGCCCUCAGUCUUCGAGGACAUUGUCGUAACUGUUGCAUUUCUUCUCGAAAAAAAUCCAAACGCAAAAUUCCUCUGCACUUAUCAAGAGCGCAGUGCCGACUGGUCGAUAGAACAUUUAUUGAACAAGUGGGGCUUGUCCUGCACACACAUACCUUUAGCAGGACUAGGCGCUGAUUCAGGUGUGACUCUUGCUGAGUUAAUGCAAGAUCACACGAUCCAUCUACUGGAUAUAAGACGUAAAAGUUGAAGAAUCCUUUGAUACAAAAAAUAGGAUGGCCGCUAAUGUUGGAAGAGCCCUGAACAAAUUACGUGUCGUCAACAUUCCGUGGACAGUUGGUGAC